UUGGAGAUGGCCUAAACCCUCGCCGGUGAACCGGUUUGUAGUUCGUUUCUCCACGCCUUCCCUUCGCCGGCGAGAAUGGCCACCGCGCCGCCGCUGGAAACUCCCAGCUCCGACGUAUUCAGCCUCCGGAUCGUGUAUAUGGAUUACUACAUGGCUGCCCCGAUCCCUGAUUUGGAUUUCUCGAAGGGAAGUCGAGUAAGUUUCAGUUAUAAGAAUUCAUGGUUCCACUCCUGCUGGUCAGAAGGGAUGCAUGCACGUCCAUGGGUGGCUUCUAACCAAGAAUACAGGGACACUGGGUUUGUUCAUAUUUUCUUGUAAUUUGUUUGUCUGUUCUUGGAUUGUGAUAUUUGUUCCCUGAUUCCUUAAAAAUUUGGCUUUUUUUUUUCCUAAGAAGAUUAUCUUUUCAUGUUUAUCCUCGGCACUCAAAUGGCAUAUAGCCGAGAACACAGUGAAUGAAAAUAGUGAAAGGCAUAUAAUUUCCAUUAAAUUAGGGGUAUAUGAUUGAUGAUUUAUCAUUCAUUUAGGUAUUUAAGCAGAGCAACAAGUACAA